GCCUCCUUAGUAGCUGGGACCAUAGGCGCUCACCACCAUGUCUUGGCGAAUUUUUGUAGUUUUGGUACUGUUGGAGUUUCACCAUGUUGCCCAGGCUGGUCUCCUGAGCUCAAGUCUGUGUCUCCCAAAGUGUUGGGAUUACAGGCAUGAGCCACUGCUCCCGGCUAAACUUGGAAGUUUGAAAGAGUGACUUUGAGAGGUGGUACCAAUUUACAUUUCCAGCGGGAGUUUGAGAAUGCACCAGUUUUCUCACUGAUCAUCAUGAUCAAGUUUAGAAUAAUCUCCAUUGACUUAGAGAGUGGGGACGUCCUGCUUCGGAGCGGGAAUCUUUGUUGCGCCAGGGACUAAAAAGAGAAUUAAAUAUGGGUGAUGUUGAGAAAGGCAAGAAGAUUUUUAUUAUGAAGUGUUCCCAGUGCCACACCGUUGAAAAGGGAGGCAAGCACAAGACUGGGCCAAAUCUCCAUGGUCUCUUCGGGCGGAAGACAGGUCAGGCCCCUGGAUACUCUUACACAGCCGCCAAUAAGAACAAAGGCAUCACCUGGGGAGAGGAUACACUGAUGGAGUAUUUGGAGAAUCCCAAGAAGUACAUCCCUGGAACAAAAAUGAUCUUUGUCGGCAUUAAGAAGAAGGAAGAAAGGGCAGACUUGAUAGCUUAUCUCAAAAAAGCUACUAAUGAGUAAUAAUUGGCCACUGCCUUAUUUAUUACAAAACAAAUGUCUCUUGACUUUUUUAUGUGUACCAUACUUUAAUAGAUCUCAUACACCAGAAUUCAGAUCAUGAAUGACUGACAGAAUAUUUUGUUGGGCAGUCCUGAUUUAAAACUAAGACUGGCUUGUGGUUAAAUGAAUACGUUCAGUUUUUGAAUUUUAAUAGUAAUUCCAAUUCAGUAAAUGCUAUCACUGUUUACCCCUU